UUGACAUUUUUUAGACACUAGUCAAAGGACGUUUAUCAUUCAUGUGGCCAUUCGUGUAUAAAUCUAUUUGAUGUCACAGUCCAGCUCCUUAUUCGAAUGUAAAAGUAAUAUCUUGAGCACACGUCAUGUUCUGAUAUUUUGAACACCGGAACGACAAUUGGCAGAUUGAUUAUAAUACUAUUAUUGUAAUUUCAGGUGAAAAACUGUGUACGAGUGUUCAGUCAAACGAUGGCAGGAGCUUUAGCCUACACAGCUUCAUUUUCGCACUACGCGGAUGGAACGCCGGUGAGCCCGACGCUGAGCAACACGGCGGAGCUGGUGGCCUUCCUCGACGACCUGUUCGACAGCGUCAACGAUUCCAGCACUCACCACAAGCGCACUAAGGGGAAGAAGUUACGCUCUGCCGUAACCGACAACUCCGAACAUCACGCUUUCUGGCAAAAGGCCAUAAGGAUCCUAGAAAACAUGAAAUUCAAAGAUAGUAUUACCGGCAAAUUGACAACGAGACCAGAUUGUUUAAAAAAUUGGAUAAUAACAUUAAAAAGUUACCAAAGGCUGUGGCAGGUCUUGAAAAAUAAAAAUAUAAACAUAAUGCGUCCGCGCUAUUUCAAUUCCGACGCGAUAGAUUUUUUUUUUGGUAGAGUGCGAUCCUACAACGCCAGAAAUAACGACCCGACCUGCCACGCCUUUGAGUGUACUUUUAAAUCAUUGUUAAUAACAAAUUUAAUAAAUUUUCACGAAAAUACAUACAACUGUGAAGAAGACUGUGCCGAGCAAGUCAUUAAAAUUCAAUCUUUGUUUCUGCACAGCGAAUACCCCAGUGCAAUGAAUGCACCAGUCCAUAUGACUGCCAAUCCAGUUGAUUCUGCGUCGUCCUCAUCAUCGACCCCAGGAGUUCGUGACGAUGACGCAGAACAACUAUGGAUUCAAGCUUCUCGGGAGCGUUUAAAUGUACACUCACGGGCAUAUACCGCGGGAUGGGUCACCAGAAAACUGUUGAAAACACUCAAAUGUAAAGAUUGCGAAAAAGAUUUAACCAGCGAAAAAACAAAUAUCCAUAAAUGGAUAUCGCAACGGGAAUACAAUAUUAUAACAAAAAAUAAAUUGACCUAUCCCGCGGAACAUGUUGUGAGGGCUUAUGGCAACAUUGUCAAGGAAACAAAUGCAUAUUUGGAACAUAAUUCCCAUAAAAAUAAUAUAAAAAAACAAAUAACCGAAAACGUAAUGUCCAAAUAUGCAUUUGAAUUCACCAAAUGUGAAACGCACCGAGAUACUGCAAGGCAGUCAUUUAUUUCAAUAGCUGUUACAUUAUGCAUCUUUAACUGGUGCAAUAUAAUUAAUAGAAUAUUAAGAGGAACCGAUAUUUCCAGAUUGGAUCUUAAAAACUUGCCUCCUAUACAAGCACAAGCAUAUGACAUUUUUAAGAAACGAUUAAAAAAUAAAUCCCUACGCCUGCAACCUUCUGCCUAG